AUGAGGAACAAAUACAGGAAACCAACCACUUUCCGUUGCAAUGCAGGGAGCAGAUGUUCACCGUCCGUUGUCAUAUGGAGCUUGGUGGGAUUUCUGCUGUUCCUUCACAUAUACUCCCUUGUUGGCCACAAUGGUGGAAAAGGUGGAGCUGUCAAAUUUCGUACAAGUCAUCACCCUGUUUUCCGUGAACUUGAAGAGGUGGAAGAGGAGAAUAUUCAAAUACCUCCAGUGAGAGGAAAAAGGUCCCCACGUGCAGCAAAGCGAAGGCCUAAGAGGCAGACCACACUGAUUGAUGAAUUUCUUGAUGAGAAUUCCCAACUUAGACAUGUAUUCUUUCCUGAUAUGAAAACUGCUAUAGAUCCAAUGAAGGAUUCUGGGAAUGAUAGUUUCAACUAUUAUCCUGGAAGAAUUUGGUUGGACACUGAGGGAAGUCCUAUUCAAGCACAUGGAGGUGGGGUUCUAUACGAUGAAAGCUCAAGGACUUACUAUUGGUAUGGAGAAUAUAAAGAUGGACCUACCUACCAUGCUCACAAAAAGGAGCAGCACGGUAGUCCAUAUUUCACUGUGGAACUGUUGCAUGUGAUUUACAUGCCCAACUGGAAUUCUUCUUACUUGUGCUGGGAUGCCUCUGGAGACCUAGGUUCAGUUGGAGUAGGUGGUCUUUUUAGGAGUAAUGAUGUGACUGUUAAGAGUGACUGUGGCACUGCUUGA